AUGGCUUUGGGCCGCUUGACUUUCGCCGCCCUCGCGUUCGCAGCGCGCGGUGUGCUCGCGCAGACAUGGUGUGGCAAGAACUACAUGCAGAGCUCCCCGGUCGUUCCGCCGGGAGGACAGUUCGCUAUCCCUGCGACCUCCUCUGAACCUCUGCUCGCCUUCCGCUGUGUACCCGCGAUCAAGCCCUACCUUCCCGAGGACGCGUUUACCCCUGCGAGCAUCAUCGUCGACACGUACAUCACAUACUCCGAAAUUGCCAACACCGCGCCCAUCAGCCUUCCUGAUGACGGCCUCCUCGGAGACUUGUUGGUCACGGUCGAAGUAGACGGCAUGAUUGUCACUGGUGGGAUCGUCCCGCUGAACGCGACCAAGGUCGAGCUUCCGUUCUCCUUAAUCGGCCUAACCCCGCAGAAAGCGGCACGCGACGUCUCGUGCACGGCCGUGUAUGCUUCGACCAAGGGCUUGCAGACAUUCAAGACCUCGGCGGCCCUGUCUUACCUGCCGAACCCGACUGACGGAAGUGCUGUAACCAAGAUGGACUUGCGGACUGGCGCACUGCUUGCGAAGCCCGCGACUGGCAAGGGCGGUGACUAUGAGCCGGUGAUGGCUGUUGGAUUCUACUCAGGAUUUGACAACUACUUAGCUACGAACCUGUCCACCAUUAACGAGGCCAAAGAAAUGGGGUUCUCCGUUAUCCAUCCUAUCCCGACUUUCGACAACCUUACGCAACUCCAAGAGGUCAUCACCCGGAUGGAGGAAGUCGGCAUCUACUUGAUUACGUACAUGAACGACACUGCGGUAAUGGAGCAAGUGAACAUGAUCAAAAACAGCUCCGCUCUCCUGCUCUGGUACACUGGAGAUGAGCCGGACGGCACGUCCGACCCACUGAAUGCCACAGUCCACGCAUACGACCUCAUUUACGAGCUGGACGGAUACCACCCGGUCUCACUCUGCCUGAACUGCUACGACUAUUAUUGGUCCAACUAUACCGCGGGUGCGGACAUUGUGAUGCAAGACGCGUACACGAUCGGUCUCAACGCCACCUGGUCGGUCGAAUGGAACACCUCAUGCACGCCUGACUUUGGCGACUGUGGAUGCGACGACUGCAAGGGCGACUUUGAAGACAUCAGUAAUCGGAUGGACGUGUUCGCGUACCGACUGUGGGCAGAGGGCUGGGACAGGACGAAGGCCGUGUGGACCGUUCCCCAGGGCUUUGGUGCAGCAGAGUACUGGCGGCGAGAGCCUACCGGUCCCGAGUUUGUAGUGCAGAGUGUGCUCGCGAUCAACCACGGUGGCAAGGGUGUCGUGUCGUGGGACGCACCAACAACGACGGCCAUCUGGGACUACGCCUCGCUACUCGCAAUGGCUUCUCCGACGCUCAACGCGUUCAUCGCAAGUGACAGCGCGACAUUCCAGCACGUCUUUUACAAUCAGAUCGACAUCGGAUUUUGGUCUGUCGACGGGAAGACCCUCGUGCUCGCGACGAACCUGAACUACGCCAAUGAGACAUUCGACCUGGCCACUGUUCCAGGCCUGAGGACCUACCCGGCAACCCAGGUACUGAACAGUGGUGCGGCGCUGAGUGGUAGCGUAAUCGAGUUCACCUCUGUUGGAUCUGGUGGAUUCAUUGUGGGUUGA